UGGGUUCAUCAAAAACUGCCAAUAUUAUCAUAUCAAUCUUGUCUGCGUGCUAAAAAUAUAGCAGAAAUGAGUUUCACAGAAGAACAAGAAGCUCUGGUGGUGAAGUCCUGGGAAUCAAUGAAGAAGGACGCCGGAGAAUGGGGCCUCAAAUUCUUUCUCAGGAUAUUCGAAAUCGCACCGUCGGCCAAGAAACUCUUCUCUUUUCUCAGGGACGACAGCACCGGUGCCCCGUUGCACCAAAACGCAAAGCUCAAGACCCACGCCAAGUCGGUCUUUGUUAUGACAUGUGAAGCUGCAGUGCAACUGAGGAAAGCGGGGAAAGUUGUGGUGCGAGAGUCGAGUUUAAAAAGGUUGGGUGCAACACACUUUAAAUAUGGGGUCGUGGAUGAACAUUUUGAGGUGACAAAGUAUGCAUUAUUGGAGACCAUGAAAGAAGCAGUACCAGAAAUGUGGUCAGCUGAAAUGAAGGAUGCAUGGGGAGUGGCAUAUGACCAGUUGGUUGCUGCAAUCAAGACUGAGAUGAAGCCUUAACUUAAUCCCAUUAUUAAAUCAUUAAUUAAUUAAAUAUCACUAAAGUGUGUACUUGGUGUCUUUUUAUUUUAUUAUGAAUAGUUUUAAAAUUACAUGUAUGGCAACUCAACUCUUGGUUUGAUUUAUCUCAUUGUAAUCUUUUGUUGUCUAGAGUUGCAAGGCGAGUUACGGGCACACCAAAAUAAAAUAUGUAUAUCAUACUUUAAAUAUU